CCAACCUCCUCCUCCGCGACCGCGAACCUCUCACCUCCGCCAUACCAUCUGCUGAGUAUUCUUUUCCAGCUUCGCAACUUCAAACAACCACAUCCACCGCCCUCCGACAACCCCGACCGAACUCAACGCUGGAUCUAUUCUCUAACCUUCUGUCUCCCCUGCGCUCCGCACGACCACACUCCCUUGCCAGCAACCCGCCUCUCCCUUCGAAUCUCGGCGCGCCCCAUGGUCUUCAUCGCUUUAGUCGACUAAGGAACUCGCUUCGUCAAGCUUCGAAGAAUCGCGAAUCAAAACAACACCCUUGCCCGUCACCUGCGCAGAGCCGCACCACCACUGCGUCCUCCACCAACACCACCACCGCAGAAAUGCCCGCCCCUACAGCAUCGUCGGCCUCGACGCCGCCAGUAUCGUCAUCGUCACACGCUUCGACCGUGCUUCAGCUGCGAGGGUUGAUAUGGCACUCGUUGGACAAUGGCAUGUUGGAUACUGCGCUCUUCACCGCCGAGCGAUUACACGCGUUGGAUCCAAAAAGCGCCGACUCGGCACACUUGCUCGCGCUGUGUUUGUUUCGGGACGCUCAGUGCCGGAAGGCUGAGGCGUUGACGGAGAAGUGGUUGAAACAUGUUGGGUGUGCGUACAUAUAUGCGCAGUGUUGUUUGAAGUUGGGCGGCGGAAGAGAGGCUCAAGGGGUUAUCGCGCUCGAGGCUUGCAAGCGGUUAUGGAUUUCGUCUACUGGAUGGAACCACCAUACGGAUACGAACAGGAAAUCCCUGCCGGAUGCUGCCGCGAUACAUUGCUUGAUGGGGAAGCUAUGGCAGGCCCAGAGCGAUAAUAAGAGGGCCAUAGAUUCAUACGUUGCUGCCGUGAAGGCGAAUCCCUUUCUUUGGGAGGCUUUUACCGGUCUCUGUAAUACAGGUGUGAACCUCCGGGUGAACAACAUCUUCAAGCAAUCCUCAGAGAUGAUUGAAUUUUGCAAAAUCAUACCUGCCCCAACGAAUCCGAUGGUUCCGGAAGAACUACCACCGCGAACCCGAAACAUCGAGAACUACCAGAGCGAUCCAUUCGUAUCCACAACCCACAACCGGGAUCGCUCCGACCUUUCAUACAACAACCACCCUUCGUUUUUCAACAGACUGAACGAGGGCACCGGCAGCUCCAGUCACCUCGAAACACCAACCGCCCAGCCCUCUAGUGCUGGCCCCCACGACCUCCUCGGAAUGAGCAACAAUCUCCACGACAAGCCACCACCACCGCCACUACGAAAGACCCGUGCAGCUGCUGAACUUGGUGCCCGCAAACUUACAAGUCGAGCCGGCCGAGAUGUCAACGAAUCGAAGCGAGUAACUACUGAGCCAACAGCACCGGCGGCACCAGCUAGGAGAAGCACCAGGUUGAAUACGCUCAAGUUCAGCAGUAGCAAGUCAAGCACAGGCGAGCGCGAGACGAGAUUGACAACCAAAGAUCGCGAGCGCGAACAGAAGAAACGAGCGGUCAGUGCCCGUCUUCGAUCGAACCUCGCCAGCAGUGCUGCACUCGGGGGAGGCAAGGAGAAGGGUGGCUCGGAGGAUGUAAAUGUUCGUGGCAACCCGCAAGCAGCCGACGGCGCUCUGCCUGUGACUGCCGCCGAUAACAGCUCGGGCAAAAAGCGCAAAGCCCGCGGUGAACCAUCGCUGACCCGAUUGUAUAAAAAACAGAUGUCGGAAGCCCCGUCAAAAAUAUUCCAGGUGCCUCAGCCUCCCCAGCCUCCAGCCACCACAAAGGAUAAGUAUAAGGAGGAGGCCCAGUUAUAUCUCCUAGACAUGUACCGCAAGCUUGGGACCGGUUAUUUCAAUCUGAACCGGUACCACUGUCCUGAGGCACUUGCGGCGCUAGGAUCGUUAUCGGUUAGCCAGCGGGAAACUCCACGGAUACAGUGUCUUAUGGGUAAGGCGUAUUACGAAAUGGCGCAAUAUAACGAGGCGGAGACGGUUUUCACCAAGAUCCGGAGGAUGGAUGCAGUCCGAACAGAGGACAUGGAGGUGUUCUCAACAAUCCUGUGGCAUCAAAGGAAGGACGUCGACCUAGCUCACUUAGCAAAAGAGCUUAUGGAGCUUGAUCAGAAUUCGCCGGAGGCUUGGUGUGCCAUGGGCAAUUCAUUCUCCCUCCAGCGGGAUCAUGACAACGCACUCAGGUGUUUCAAGAGGGCAACACAGCUCAACCCCAAGCUAGCAUACGCAUACACGCUGCAAGGCCAUGAGCACGUCAGCAACGAGGAGUAUGAGAAGGCUCUCAACAGCUACCGCUUGGCCGUCGCAGCCGACAACAGACAUUACAAUGCUUGGUACGGCCUCGGAAAGGUUUACGAGAAGCUGGGCAAGUACGAGAAUGCCGAAAAACAUUUCCGCUCGGCGUCGAAGAUCAACCCUACCAAUGCUGUUCUCGUAUGCUGUGUGGGCAUGGUUUUGGAAAAGAUGAAGGACUUUGAAGGAGCUCUGAUGCAGUACAAUGCCGCUGUCAAGAUGUCCCCCGGAAGUGCGUUGUCUCGGUUCAAGAAGGCGCGGACUCUCAUGAGCAUGCAGAAUUACCAGGCUGCGUUGGAGGAACUUAUGAUUCUGAAGGAUCUGGCUCCCGAUGAAGCGAACGUGCACUUUACUCUGGGUAGACUCUUCAAGAGCCUGCAUAACAAAACGAUGGCGAUCAAACAUCUGACCAUCGCACUGAAUCUCGAUCCGAAGGCGGGACAUCUCAUCAAAGAGGUUAUAGAGAACCUCGAUGAAGAAGAAGACAGCUUUUCGGUGGAAGACUCCGAAGUGUACAGACUCUUGGAUGGCGACACUUAACAUCCGCCACUAAAAAAAAAGCUCCUGAUGAUCACCCCGCAGUAACGAUAUCCCAUGAACACCCGCAC